AUGGCCAGCAAAACGGGGAGAACCUGGCUAGACUGCAAAAACCCCCAGAUGGCAGAUCAUUUCUUGAGGCUUGCCGUCAAGAGCCUGGAAACCCUCUACAGCCAGCUAAUGUCCAGAGGCAACGCGGCAGCUGAGGUUUCUUCAUACAAGGCGGAUGUGGAGAAGGACCUACUUCGAAUCCUAUCCUGCCAGGCAGAGUCGGCCAUGUCCCAAGGGAACAAUGACGAAGCCAUGGUCUACAUGCAGCGUUGUAAAGACAUGUUGCAGCUGCUACCGAAAGAUACGGCAUACCUCUCCCUCAUGUGCUACAACUUUGGUGUUGAAACCUAUAAUCUGAGGAAGUUUGAGGACAGUGCUUUAUGGUUGAGUCAAGGCUAUGACAUUUGCAAAACAAAUGUGAAGUCAGGCCCUGGACCAGAAGCCGUGGCCAAAAUCUUGCGUCUUCUUGCCACAGUCUAUCUAGAGUGGGAUUGUCAGAAGUUUCAGGAUAAGGCUUUGAAUGCCGUCAACUUAGCCAACAAGGAGUGUGUCACUUCACCUGGGCUGUAUUUAAAGAUCAGAAUCCUCCUGAGAUCCGGGGCCCCAGACAAUGACAUCAGAGCAGGACUUAAUGAGAUGCUGGGAUCCCAGGUUGCUAUUGAGGUCUGUCUGAGCACUGUGAAGCUCCUCAUGUCUGAAGAAAGAGAAAUGCAGGCGUUUGACUUUCUGAAGCGUGUGUGUGAACACUUUGGGCCCUCCCCUGACCUGGGAACCGCUCUAGUGUUGCACAUCGAGCUGCUGCUGCAGAGAGGCAAAGAGCUGCUGGCCAAACAGAAGAUAGAAGAUAUCAUCAGCGGCCACUACACGGGUAAACAGCUCAGUCCAGAUGCGCUGAACAAUUUGCAAGUCAUUCUGUGGGAUCAGGCCCGUGAACAGUUUGAGGAUGGUUACUAUUCUGAGGCUCUUCAGUGGUACAACUACUCUCUGAGUUUCUACAAGGCCGGUCAGAUUGAGCCCAAUCUAGCCAAGCUGCAGAGGAACAGAGCAUCCUGCCUUCUGCAGCUUCAGCAACUGCAAAAGGCUAAAGAAGCAGUUAAAGAAGCAGAAAGGUGCGACCCUGAAAGUAUCUUCACCCAGUUCAGUGUUUACAAGAUCGCUGUUCAGGAGAACGAUGUAGAGAAAGCUGCAGAGGCAGUGACUGCAAUGGGGCUCCUGUCUAAGGCUCCUGUAUCCAGUGAAGACAGACUGCUGCUAUCUGAGAGCGCAGCCUCCUAUCUCCUCAGUCUGGCUGCUCAGAUGGCUCUGGAGAAGGAAAAACAGGAAACGGCAAUGAAAGCUCUGGAGGUUUUGUGUGAAAACUCAGACGAUGAGGCUCAUGUUCUGAUGGCUCUGAGGUGUUUGGUCCGACUCACGUUCUGCACAGCAGAAAAAUCAGCUGAUGGGUUGAGUGACGCAAAUCUGGACGCCUUCCUUCGGUAUCUUAAAAAGGCUCUGCAGACACUUUCACACCAUUCUCAUAUGACUGCUGAGCAGCGCGCCGAGGACGCCAACUGGUUCAGAAAGAUCGCCUGGAACUCAGCUCUGCAGUGUGAGAGCAGCCCUGACAGGAUGAGGGAUUUCUUUGUCCUUUCCUAUCAGCUCUCCCUGCUGUGCCCUCCUGACCGCACACUGCUAAUGGGCCAGAAGACAUGUCUGCUGAUGGCAGCUGGUGCCUCUUUGGAGCUCUGCAGGAAGUCUCCUCUCUCCAACCAGGAUGCAGAGCUCACUGUGGCUCUGGAGCAUAUUCAGGCCUGUUGGGAGGUCUGGAAAACCCUGAAAGCAUCAGGCAGCAUUCCAGCAGAUCCCACAGACUCCCUGCUGCUGCUUUAUGAAUUCGAAGUUCGUGCAAAGCUGAAUGAUCCAAAGGUGGAGACCAUACUCCAGUCAGUGUUGGAGCUUGGAAAUGUUGAAAUCAAAGUAUUGGAAUCCAUUGCAGCCUUAGCCAUGGAGCCUCCUGCCUACUUCCCUCUGCUCUGUAAGAAGGCUCUGAGAGUGGCUCUCUCGCUGCACAGGAAACAACCACAGGCUGACCUCACACACUGCAGCAAAUACAUUCACAGUCUGAUCAAGCUGUCCCUUCCAAGUGGUGUGUCACAAGUGGAGACCCACAUGCUGCAGGAGGUGUGGGACUACUUUGAGGAGGCCCUGUCCAUCAUCUCAAUCACAUCAGAUGACUUCCCAGAGAUGGAGACCCUGUGGCUGCUGACUCAGGCUUGGAACACAGGAAUACUGCUGUACAGCUUGACCCAAUACCACGAAGCAGAGAAGUGGUGCGGCCUCGCUAUGGGCUUCAUCCGCCACCUGCGAUCUCUACGCCAGAGCUACGAGAUGCAGAUGUCUGGCCUCUACAGUGAAAUCCUGGACAGAUUGGACAAAGCAAAGAAAAACAGCCACACAGAGUAGACAUUCAGCUACUGUCUCCUAGAUGUUACACGUUCUAAAUGUGAACCAAUUCUAGUUUGUUGCAGUUCAGUUUUUGUUACUUCUUUUUGCUACAACACCCCCCAAAAAAAGAGGUGGUGGACUUUCAUCUUCUCCGUGUGAGUUAAGUAUAAGCUGUUAAGUAUCAAACCCUAUUGGGUCCUUAUAUUUUGUUUUUCCAAAAUCUCUGACUAAAUUAAUAGAAAAUGACAUUAAAACUGCUCAGGUUAUUUGAAGAGCGACAUAAAGACUUAGCUAAAUAGUCUGCACUGUAGUUAAUAUUUAU